UUUUUCUCUGGGGCCUCCUCGUGUUCAUCCAGCCCUCUGAUUAACCCCUGGGAAUUUCUGGCACCUCUCCGAUAUUCCUACACUCCACCAGGGAUCAUGUCUUGGGCGGCUCGCCCGCCCUUCCUCCCCCAGCGGCAUGCCGCAGGGCAGUGUGGGCCGGUGGGGGUGCGAAAAGAGAUGCAUUGUGGGGUCGCGUCCCGGUGGCGGCGGCGACGGCCCUGGCUGGAUCCCGCAGCGGCGGCGGCAGCGGCAGCCGGAGAGCAACAAACCCCGGAGCCGGAGCCGGGGGAGGCUGGACGGGACGGAAUGGGCGACAGCGGGCGGGACUCCAGAAGCCCAGACAGCUCCUCUCCAAAUCCCCUUACCCAGGGACCCCCUCCCCCUUCUCCUCCUGGGCCGCCCCUGCCUCCUUCGGCAGUCCCAUCCCUUGGAGGCACUGGGGCUCCACCACCACCCCCGCUGCCACCACCUCCUCUGGGCUCACCUUUCCCAGUCAUCAGCUCUUCCAUGGGGUCCCCUGGUCUUCCCCCUCCAGCUCCCCCAGGAUUCUCCGGGCCUGUCAGCAGCCCCCAGAUUAACUCAACAGUGUCACUCCCUGGGGGCGGGUCUGGCCCCCCUGAAGAUGUGAAGCCACCAGUUUUAGGGGUCCGGGGUCUGCACUGUCCACCCCCUCCAGGUGGCCCUGGGGCUGGCAAACGUCUGUGUGCAAUCUGCGGGGAUAGAAGCUCAGGCAAACAUUAUGGGGUGUACAGUUGUGAGGGCUGCAAGGGCUUCUUCAAGCGCACCAUUCGUAAGGACUUGACCUACUCAUGCCGGGACAACAAGGACUGCACAGUGGAUAAGCGCCAGCGAAACCGCUGUCAAUACUGCCGCUAUCAGAAGUGCCUGGCCACAGGGAUGAAGAGGGAGGCGGUACAGGAGGAGCGUCAACGGGGGAAGGACAAGGAUGGGGAUGGGGAUGGGGCUGGGGGAGCCCCCGAGGAGAUGCCUGUGGACAGGAUCCUGGAGGCGGAGCUUGCUGUGGAGCAGAAGAGUGACCAGGGCAUCGAGGGUCCUGGGGGUACCGGGGGGAGCGGCAGCAGCCCAAAUGACCCUGUGACUAAUAUCUGUCAGGCGGCUGACAAACAGCUCUUCACGCUUGUUGAGUGGGCAAAGAGGAUCCCACACUUUUCCUCCUUACCUCUGGAUGACCAGGUCAUUUUGCUCCGGGCAGGGUGGAAUGAGCUCCUCAUUGCCUCCUUCUCCCACCGAUCCAUUGAUGUCCGAGAUGGCAUCCUCCUCGCCACAGGUCUUCAUGUACACCGAAACUCAGCCCAUUCCGCGGGCGUGGGAGCCAUCUUUGAUCGGUCCCUCUCCAGGGUGCUGACAGAGCUAGUGUCCAAAAUGCGUGACAUGAGGAUGGACAAGACAGAACUUGGCUGCCUGAGGGCAAUCAUUCUCUUCAACCCAGAUGCCAAGGGCCUUUCCAACCCCAGUGAGGUAGAGGUCUUGAGGGAGAAAGUAUAUGCAUCACUGGAGACCUACUGCAAACAGAAAUACCCUGAGCAGCAGGGACGGUUUGCCAAACUGCUACUACGUCUUCCUGCCCUGCGGUCCAUUGGCCUCAAGUGUUUAGAGCAUCUGUUUUUCUUCAAACUUAUUGGUGAUACCCCCAUUGACACCUUCCUCAUGGAGAUGCUUGAGGCUCCCCACCAGCUGGUUUGAGCCUGGAUCCAAACGUGGUGCUCUUCACACAAGAGGAGUGCACAUCCAGAAGAGACUCUGGGCCCUGGGGCAGGGUGGGAAAGGGCCACUUUCCCAGACGCUUGAGGGGUAAG